AUGACAACCAGGGCGGGCGAGGCGAGUGCGCCUGCGCGGCCUCCGAGGCGUCAGGCGCGAGGUCUGGAGUGCGCACGCGCGACGGGGCGGGGUGGCGGGUACCUUCCGUCCCUGCGUGUCCCGUCCCUGCGUGUCCGCGGUCCUGCAACCGGCAGGUCCCACUGUGCGGCCGGCGACAGGCGACACGGCCGGGAUGGCGUCGACUUCGGGAGACAGCGGGGCCUCCUGCAAGGUGAGAGUCGAGACCGUGUGUGCAGUUCGCUAACGAGCCUGGGACCAGGGUGCGAGUUAAGAAACAUCCCUGGUUUACUGGGCACUCCGUCCCGGCUCGAGUUCGCUGUGCAGAUGACCUGUCAGAGCUGUGUGGAUGCGGUUCACAAGUCCCUGCAAGGGGUGGCAGGUGUCCACAGUGUGGAGGUGCAGUUGGAGAACCAGAUGGUCCUAGUGGAGACCACCUUGCCCAGCACAAAGGUGCAGGCCCUCCUGGAGGGCACAGGGAGGCAGGCGGUACUCAAAGGAAUGGGCAAUAACCUAUUACAGAACCUGGAGGCAGCAGUGGCCAUCCUUGGGGGGCUUGGCCCUGUGCAGGGGGUGGUGCGCUUCCUGCAGCUGAACCCUGAGCGCUGCCUCAUCGAGGGGACCGUUGAUGGUCUGGAGCCAGGUCCUCAUGGCCUCCAUGUCCAUCAGUAUGGGGACUUGACCAACAGCUGUGACAGCUGUGGGGACCACUUUAACCCUGAUGGAACAUCUCAUGGAGGCCCACAGGAUGCUGAACGGCACCGCGGUGACCUGGGGAAUGUCCACGCUGAUGCUGAUGGCAGAGCGGUCUUCAGGAUGGAGGUGGAGAAGCUAAAGGUGUGGGAGGUGAUUGGUCGCAGUCUGGUGAUCGAUGAGAAGGAGGAUGACCUGGGCCGAGGUGGCCACCCCUUGUCCAAGAUCACUGGAAACUCGGGCCAGAGGCUGGCCUGUGGCAUCAUCGCACGCUCUGCUGGCCUGUUCCAGAACCCCAAACAGAUCUGCUCUUGCGAUGGCCUCACCAUCUGGGAGGAACGGGGCCGGCCCAUUGCUGGGGAGGGCCGAAAGGGGCCGGUCCAGCGCUCUGCCCACCUCUGA